CUUUUACCUAGGUACCAAUAUCACUCACUAGCCAAAAAAGAAACUGGACUGAGGCAGAAGAUGCUGCACUAGUGGAAUUCAUUUCUUUGUAUUAUUGCACAGAAAAUGAUGAUUCAUGGCCGAAUACAAGAAUGAAGAUUUCUGGGGAAAAUGUGCAGCAGCAAUUUCUUACAGAACAAAGCAACAAAAAAGGGGAGGAAAAUAUGCAACGAGUUGGAAAAAAGUAGACCCUGAUCUACCAUUUUAUUACUGGUGCGCGAAUGAGGAUAGAUACCAAACAGGUCCACUUCCUUCAUUUAAUGCUCCAUCAAAAAAAGGAGUUGAACGUUUAGAUCGUGUGCGAAUUUCAAGAAGAGCAGAUCCAGGAGUUUUCCAUGCAAACUGUGCAAAUCUUCCACAAAGGGGAACACUAAGUGUGCGUGCACAGUUUCACAAUAGACCAGAGCCCCUACCACCUCCCCCUAUUCGUCAAAUGUAAUUGUGUAUAUUUCUUGCCUUGGCAGUAGGGAAAAAUGGAAAAGUGCUAAGGUAUGCUGACCCCCCCAAAAAUGAAAAUUGUGUAAAAUGUACUGGAUGUAUCUUGAGUUUCUUUACAUUACAUUGAGGAAAGUCACCCUGGUUUUUAUUUCAUGAAACACUAAAUGUUACACUAGCUGGCACACCAAAGUAUCUGUAAAUCACAACUAUGUGUUGCUUUUAAACCAGUGAAAUAAACUUACCCAAACAAACUUAUUUUUUCAUGUUUAGUGAGAUGCUUCAUGUCAGAUAAAAAACUGGGGUGACCUUCCACGUGAAAAGGAGGGCGGGAGGUCAGAUUAUCUUU